AUGCCAGCACUUACCGAGGCAUACACAGUGCGGCUAAAGGAGUGUGCCUCUACUGUGUAUGCCCAGUACAAGGAGUUCAAGAGGAGGGCUGCCGAGGCUGUCGAGUCCGGUCAGCCUGCUUCGGAUGCGGUGAUCAUGGUCAUGGUGGUGAUGGUGUUCGAAGUCAUGGUUGUGGUGAUGGUGAUCGCGAUCAUGGUUGUGAUCGCGAUCAUGGUUGUGGUGAUGGUGAUCGCGAUCAUGGCUGUGGUCAUGGUGAUCGCGAUCAUGGUUGUGGUGAUGGUGAUCGCGAUCAUGGUUGUGGUGAUGGUGAUCGCGAUCAUGGUUGUGAUCGCGAUCAUGGUUGUGGUGAUGGUGAUCGCGAUCAUGGUUGUGGUGAUGGUGAUCGCAAUCAUGGUUGUGGUGAUGGUGAUCGCGAUCAUGGUUAUGGUCAUGGUGAUCGCGAUCAUGGUUGUGGUGAUGGUGAUCGCGAUCAUGGUUGUGGUGAUGGUGAUCGCGACCAUGGUUGUGGUCAUAGUAUGUGCCACAUCGCUGGUAGAGCCGUUCAAGGACGUAGCCAAGACACUGAAUCGCCUUGCGGGAACAAAAGGCGUGCCAGCCAAGAUCAUCAAGGCCCGCUCAAAGGUGGAGAAGGCUAUCAACACAUUCAUUGACGCGCUGACUACCGCCGGCACGCCUGUCAUCUUUGGCUCGGAGAUCACGGCGGCUCUGGGCGGCUUCCUCGGCUCGGUCAUCGCCCUCGAAUCCCUGCCUCCCGAGCCAACGCCAGAGGAGCUUGACACACACGAUGGCGUGCUGCGGCAUGUGGCUGCCUCGGAGAUCCUGGCGGCCGCCUUUGAGAGCCUUGCUGCUGCUCCCGACCUCGAACGCAAGUCAUUCUCCAGCUCCAACAGGCUGUCGACCCCUGCCGGCUCGGUCGAUCUCGGCGGCUCGUCGGUUGCCGACGCUUCUCUUUGCGACUUUUACUCCACCACUCUUGUCGAGUACGGUCGGGCCCUGCUCGACGCCCACCGGACCUCGCUCUCCACGCGGCUGAUGGAGUCGUCGCCUGAUCUCGCCCGCCCGCUCCUUGCCCGCGGAAUGGACGCGUCGACGCCGCUCACUACAGCAUGGGCUCCGCUCGCCAUUGCCUUUGGCGAUCUCGAAGCGGUGCUCGUCACUCUUUCGACCUCGUCCGAGCUCUGCGCCGCACACGCCCGCAGACUCUCGUCCUCGCUCGCCGCUGUCGCCGACUCGGUUCUCGCUCGGCCUGGGACCCCGUCGCCGGCGGUCUCGGAUGCCGAGCUUGAGCAUAUGAGCACGCUCUCAACACUCUGCGAGCAUGCCCUCGCCGCUGCCCUUCUCAAGCCGGUCACCAAGAUGGACUCGGCCAUCGACUCGAUGGGCACAGACAUCUCCAAAUUGCUUGUCGCCCAGUAUGCUUUCAACGCCACGGAGACCAACGAGAUCUCCUUUGAGGCCAACGAGGUCAUUACCCUCAUCUCAAAGGUUGACGAGCAUUGGUGGAUCGGCCAAAAGGCUUCUGGCGAGCGCGGCAUGUUCCCCUCCGACUACACCGUGUGGUACAAGGACGCGCUUGCCGGCCUCGCCGCCGACGACGCCACCUCGGCACCUCUGCCGUCUGUUGGUCCGUCGCCGCGUCUUGCGGCCUCCAUCUCUCACUCGCGUGUCGUCCAUCCACCGACCCGCGCCGAUCCACACCUGCAGCUUCAGGCUGUCUCGAUCGACGGCAUCGAUGUCGGAUCCGGCGGCGAGGCCUUUGCUGUCCGCCUCAUCGAGAGCGACACUAGCUCGGGUGCCCGGCUUGCGGCCUCGCGCCAUGACAUGAUCGACAACGGCGACGGGACGUACGAUCUUGAUCUGGCGCCGCUCCUUGGCCACACCAGCUCAUCGUACACGGUCGAGGUCCAGCUCGACGGCACAACGCUUGAAGCACCCCACGCAACGGUUGUCCUUGCGCCGACUGCUCACGAGCUGUCGCCGCGACUCGAGGUUGUCUACUCGCAGAUCAAGGAUAUGGCGACGCGGUUCUACAGCGAAAAGUACAAGGCGCUCAAGAAGGGAAGCGGGUCGAAUCCCAAGACGCGACUGCUCCGCGAUCCGGCCCGCGAUGUGGCGUCGGUGCUCAACAAGCUCGGCUCGGCCAACGAGUCGCUUGCCAAGCUUGCCAAGGGCUGGACACGGCUCGACAGCGCUCUGGCUGCCUUUGCCGAUGCUGCCGAUGCCCUCGCCGCUGACACUGCCUCCGCCAACAUUCCGCCGGUGUACGUACAGGGCGUGGCCGACUUUGCCACCUCGGUCCGCGCUGCGUACACCAACCUGACCGCUGCCAAUAGCGCCAUGUUUGCCUCGAACGCUAUCCCGCCGCUGCCGCUACAGGAGACCCAUAUGGAGGCCAUGCUCUCGCUCGGGCGGCUGCUGCUCUCGAUGGACGUCUCGCCGCUGCCGCGACCCGGUGAGAGCGCGCCGCGGCCGACGACCGAGCUCUCGCUGGCGAUCCUUGACGCCUAUCGCCACCUUGCUGACGUGGCGCGGGCGUUCCGCGGCGAGCUUGACGUCCACGGCGCGGCAGCAAGCGCUGCGUCAGACACGCUGGCCGAGGUGGUCAAGCGGCUGCGGGCGUGUGCCGCCAACUGCGCGCCCAUUGCUUCAACUGACGGCAAGCCUGCAGCUGUUGCCUCAGCUUGGCCUGCCCUGGAGCACACCGUCACCGCCCUCGUUGACGCCGUGGAUGCCGAGCCGCUGCUUGCCGACUACGCCGCGCCGGUCCGCGCCGCCUGGCACCGGCUCUCGGCCUCGUUUGGCGUCUAUCACGCUGCAGCAGGCAGCGCUCCGCCACCCGAGGCCGUGCAGGCUGAACAUGCCGCCGCCCUUACCUCGUGGGCUGACGUCCUUGUCUCAGCCGACCUUCCGGCAUGGACGUCAGCUCUCGCACCGCCGGCCAGCGAUCACGAUGACGACGACCACGGCGACAACGGCGCUGCCGAUAGCGAGACGCCGCCUGCGGCCGAGGGUCAUCCGGAGGUCCAGGUGCCUACGUCAAUGGCAGAGCCCGUCAAGGGUGGCGAUGACGAGGUGUUCAACGAGGCGCUGCCGUUUCUUGCGGUGGCGUACGAGGCGCUUGACGACGUGGCACUCGAUGUGUACUCGCAGUACAAGGCGGCCAAGUCGUACGCGGACGACGCCGAGUCGGGCAUUGACACCGAGGCGCUGGCGUUGGUCAUCGGACCCAUCCGCGAAGCGGCGUCGGUAACGCGCAAGUGCCUCAAAAAGUCAGCCGGCUCGUUCACCAAGCUUGAGCGCAAGUGGCCGCAGGCCGAGUCGGCGUACCUCGACCUCAUUGACGCCAUGCACGAGCUCGGAACCGGCUCGCUCCCGCAGAUGGCCAACAUGCUGCAGGCGGCGCUUGAUCGGCUGGCGACGUCGGUGAUGGACGUCACGUCGCGGCCGAGCUCGCUGGCCGAACAGCAGCGACACGCCCAGCUUCUCGAGGCGUUCGGCUCGUCGCUCUCCGAGUCUGCGGCAGGUGUGGUGGACCAGGUGUGCGCUGCGGUGCUGACGCCGAGGCACGGCGUGCCAGCGUCGUCGCCGGCAGAGUCACCACAGCCAGAGGCUCUGGCCGCGAGCACCGGCCUGCCGCCACCACCGCCACCGCUCACGACCGCGCCUGCAGCAGAGGCUGUUGUGGUGACAGCGGUGACAGUCGAGACGGACGAGGCAGAUGGUGCGCCUAGCGUUUCCGGCGGGGCACUGCCACCGCCGCCACCGCCAAUGGCCGCCACCGAUCCGGCCGAUGGUCGCGAUGGCGCUGGUGGCCAGAGUGCCGACGACGGCGAUGGCAUCCUGAGUGACGACCUCGAUGACUUACUCGGUGACAUCGAGAUUGGGACCGAGGAGGAGGCUGCGCUGGCGGCGGAAGACUUUGAUGCUCUGGUCAAUGGCAACAUCCAGCUGAGCGAAGAUGCGGAAGAGGUUGCGGGGAUCAGGACGGACGGCAAGAGCGGCGACGAGCUCGGCCUGCUGCUGGAGACUGGAGACGAGCUGGGUCUCCUCGAGUCUGAUGGGAUUCUGGAGUUUGGUCUCAGCACCGGCGGCGGAAGCGACGACGUCGUGCUUGUGUCGGACGCCGUGCUCGACGAGCUCUCGCAGCUUGAUGGGAUGGACGCAGCCGGGCUUGAUGCGCAAAUUCGGCUGCUGGAGUACAAGCCGCCGUCUGAAGUCCAGACAUUGUUCCCAGAGGAGGACGACUACUUUGCGACAACGCAGCUGCCUUUCUAUGCGGCGCGGGCGUUGCUCUUCCUCCGGCACAAUGACGAGUGGCGAGUGCUUCUGCGGCACGUGGCGCAUACCCGGGCCUUUGUGCUCUUCCUCAAGUUUGUUGUGGGUGUGCCUGUGCCUGUGAUGGGCCGGCUGGUGAUGCGCGGCGACGUGCCUGUUGACUUUGUGAUGUUUGAGCUUGGACGAGCGAUGUCAAACGGCGAGCUGAAGCUGCUUGCCGGCUCGACGUUGGAGGAGAUCUUUGCGGCGUAUGUGCGGGCGUCGCCAGAGCACAGCGACCCGCUGGGGCGACCAAGGCUUGCCGUCAAGUGCGCACGGAGCUUUUGGCGGCGGGCGCGAGCUGUAGUGGCGGGACGGGCAGCAUCGCUGCUGCGCAGCCGCGGCGACGGGCGCGACGCGAACCACGCAACGUCGUGGGCGUUGCCGCGGCCGGUCCGCGAGAUCCACGGACAUGCGAGCGAACAGGCGCGACAGAGACUGGCGGAGACGGAGCGCGAGCGUGUGGUGCUCCAGGAGAGCGUGGCGGGCCGGACGAUGGCGACAGAGUCUGAGGCAUCGUUUGCGGCGUCGCAGUCUGCGCUAGAUCCUGUCCACGACGCCGAGGCCAAGCGCGGGCUGGCGGGUGCCCUGGCGUCUGUCCGUCGGGAGACCGGGUUUGCGGGCAAGGUGCGGACGAUUGACAACGAGUUUGGCGAGCCGCUGCCGUCGCUUGUGCAGCCGUCGAGCGAAACGUUGCUCCACCUGCUACAGGUGCCCAGCGAGGAAGUGGAGGAGGCCGCGCUGGAGCGGAUGGUGGCGACAAAGCCGAGCGGCGUCGAGGCGGAUGCGGCUGAGGCUGCUGAUGGCAUGCAGUGGUUCCCAGUGAGCAAGGCGCUAGAGCUCCUCGAGCUGCGGGGCAAGACGGCGGCGGACGAUCUUGAGUCGCUGAUGCUGGCGGACUCGCUUAUCUCGUCGCUGGAUAGCGAUGCGGUUGUGGCGGCGCUCCCGUCGUCGCCGGAGCUGCUUUCGUUUACGGUCCGCGGGAUGGCUGCAGUGGCGGCCGAGUUUGCAAACGCUGUGGGGAGCGGGAAGUACCUGUACGGAACGUGUUUCAAGUACACACUGGAGGCGCUGGGUACUGCGCCGCGUGCGGAGGUCUCGCGGAGCGAGCUUGUAGGAGGUGACGAGAGCGAGUCUGUCAUUUCUGGCGGCGACGGGCUCACGCGGCGGUUUGCGGUGAGCGUGAGCUGGUCGCCGGCCAAGUCGACGUCGAAGCUUGUGCUGCAGCGGGUGAGCGAUGGGCGACUGUUUGGGUGCGGGGCGCGGCUUGUGGGUCGCGAGCUUGUGCGGCUGAGCGGGGCGGGCGCGUCGCCGCAUGCGCCGCUGAAGCUGAUGGCGCUUGCGCUGGUCACGCUCGCGAUGGACUACCGGUUUCUGGUGUGGCGCGGGUCUGCUGCACGGACGGCGGCGAUGCCGCAUCACCCGCCAAACACAUUGCCAUGGAGUGAGGGCCGGAGCGCGAGCGACGCGCACAAGGUGCUUAAGGGCGGGCUCGGGCGGUGGAUCAAGUUGCAGGCGGCGAUGCACUUUGGGGCUGCGGCGCCGGUGGCACCGCCUCGGCUCGGCCUGGUCCAGGCGCAGGCAGCGCGGGCGGCACGCAAGGCGCGGGCGGCGCUGCGGCGCAAGGCUGUCCGCAGACGCAAGACCAAGUGGCACAAGUACUGGCAGCACAGCGGGAUCGAGCCGCGAGCGGAUGCCAACCUCGAUGCGCUGGACGAGGCGCUCGGCGGCGAGGGCGGCGACGAGUCGAGCCUGGAUGACUCUGAGCUUGCCGAUGAUGAGUGGGAGUAAAGCAGAGGGCAGC